UGAUAGCACCGACGCGGAAGUAGUUUAAGAAUGGUGCCUGCUAUGUUUCCUAUCGUUUGAGGUCUUUAAAGUGUACUGUAAGACACAUUCUGGCGUGACGGUCUAAUAGACGUUUUUAAUGUUGGACAGCUGCAAGUGGAUUUAAUGCGUUGUAUUUUGGUAAACUAUAAAAAGCCGUAUGUUACUUAUCGGUGUGCUUUCAUCAAGCGAAAAUGAAAGUUCGUUCGUCUGUCUUUGCCUCGUUGAUUUUAAUAUUAGAAGUAGUUGGAGUUGCUGUCUUCCUGAGAGGAUUCUUUCCUGUGCCCGUGAAGUCGUCUCUGUCGUCCAAGAGCAGGCUGGCAGACCUGCCUCUGGAGCCGCUGACAGGCAGUCCACCCAACUCGUCUCGCAUCCCGCAGCCCUUGUUUCAAAGGGUGGUUAUCAUGUUAGUCGAUGCCCUGCGGGACGACUUCGUGCUCGGAGCUAAUGGUCGCAUGAAUAUGCCCUACACCAGACACCUGGUGGAGAAAGGAUCAACACUUAGCUUUGUAGCAAAAGCUAGGCCCCCAACUGUCACCAUGCCCAGGAUCAAGGCUCUGACCACUGGCAGUAUUCCAGGCUUCAUUGAUGUGGUGAUGAAUUUAAAUUCUCCGGCUUUGUUGGAAGACAAUAUUAUCUGGCAAGCCAAAACAGCGGGGAAAAAAAUGAUCUUUUAUGGCGAUGACACAUGGAUACGCCUCUUUCCCAAACACUUCAUGGAGUAUGACGGCACAACCUCCUUCUUUGUGUCCGACUACACUGAGGUUGACAACAAUGUGACUCGUCACUUAGAUAGCACCCUUAAGAGAGAUGACUGGGACAUUCUGAUCCUCCACUACCUUGGCCUGGACCAUAUCGGUCACAUCAGUGGACCCCACAGUUCUCUCAUUCAGCCCAAACUGCUGGAAAUGGACGACAUCCUGAAGAAGAUCCACGGUGCCCUCAUUUCAAAGGAGGCAGAGGGAUCUCUGCCCUAUCUGCUGGUUCUGUGUGGGGACCACGGGAUGUCAGAGACUGGGAGUCAUGGCGGCUCUUCAGAACCAGAGGUCAAUACCCCCCUGGUGCUCAUAAGCCCUGCUUUCAAGAGGAAAGUGGGGAUGGAGACGCCUGGAGAAGUGGAACAGGUUGAUCUGACUCCAACCCUGGCCCUGUCGCUGGGCCUGCCCAUAUCUCAGAACAGCGUGGGCCGUGUUAUUCCUGGUGUUUUGGAAGAAAGCUCACUUCGAGACCAACUGCGCUUCUUGCAUCUCAAUGGCCACCAGCUAAGUUGCCUGCUCAAAGACAGCAUUCCGGACAACCAAAAAGAGAGAAGCUUUGAACAAUACCGUGUGGCCGAAAAGGCACAUGGGAGUUGGAUGAAGCGCUACCUGGAGGGAAACACGUCAGAGGUGUUGACUAACAUGGGUAAAAAGGUCCUGAAGCAGUACUUAGACGCCCUGGCCGCCAUGAAUGCAGCCCUCAGCAAACAGCUGGGCAAGUACGACAUGUACUCCAUGAUUGCCGGAAUGGUCUUUGUAUUUCAGCUGUUGUUAGUCUUACUGCUGGCGAUGCCCGAAGCCUUGAGUGGCGCAGCGACGGUGGACCUCCCGCUCAUCUCGACCCUGCUCUCUUUGCCUUUCUACCUAUUGUGCCUGCUGCUUGCCUCCAUACAUGUAUUAGUGUGCACGUCCGCUGAGAGCUCCUGCUACUUCUGCAACCUCUCCUGGGGUGUUGUGUUUGCUGCUAUCGCCUUCUCUUCAGCAACGUCUUGUCUGCUGCUCUCCAAGAUAACAAGACGACUCUCCUUGGGGCCCAAGAUUAAUGGGACGAGCAGUAGCAGUGAGUGGUCACUGUCAGAGCUGGAUGUUUUGUUGCUGGCUGGCACGGCCGGUCAUACUCUCAGCUUGGCGGCCAGCAGCUUCGUAGAGGAGGAGCAUCAAACCUGGUACUUCCUGCUCAACACUCUCUGCCUCGCAGUCUUCCAGGAUGUGUGCCGCAAGUACUUCAGAGAGAAGAGCCACUCUGCAGCUGAUGAAGAAGAUUAUAUCCUUCCUUCCAAAGACUGCACUCCCUCUGGCUACCCCAAGGCAGAGAUUUACUCCGAGAAGUGGCUGGCUUUAGCCACGCCCCCCUUCACUCUGCUCUGCUGCCGCCUGCUGCGCUCCCUCAACCAGACUGGUGUGCAGUGGGCUCAUCUUCCUGAUGUGGGCCAUUGGCUCAACAGCUCCGAACACAAAGUGGUAUUGUCCCUGCUGGCUGCUUUCUGUCUGGUUCUUAUCUACUUCCUGGUCCAAAGACGCUGCUCGCUGGUGUCCAAAGUUGCCCUUGCUCUUGGACUUUUGGGGGUUUACAGCUACAGAGCAGCUGUCGGAAAUGUCUCGUUUCCCUGGCAACGCUCCGUUCGAAAUAUGUCCAAGGGCACUGUGGAAGCACGCUUCGUAUAUGUGUUCGUUUUGGGUAUCCUCUUCACGGGAACAAAGGACUUGCUGCGAUCCCAAAUCAUCACAGCUGAUUCCAAACUGAAGAACAGAGGAUUGUGGGAGAUUUACAGUGGCCUGGUCUUGUUGGUGUCACUGUUGUUCCGUGCUCACAACCUGCCAGUGCUGUGCUGCUGCCUCCUGGUCCAAACGCUGAUGGCUCAGUUCAUUUGGAAGAAGCUCCACUACGAUGCGGCACAGACCACCAUCAUGCACUACUGGUUCGGCCAGGCCUUCUUUUUCUUUCAGGGCAAUUCCAACAACAUUUCCACUCUUGACAUCUCAGUGGGGUUUGUUGGUUUGGACAGCUACGUCGAAGCUCCUGCCAUCUUCUUAACAGCCCUCAGUACGUACGCUGGACCCCUACUUUGGGCGUGUCACCUCGUGUGUUACCUCAGCUCAGAGAGAGACAGGAGUCCGGUUGCCAUCGGCCACGGUUGCUACUGUUUGGCGGUGCUCAGGUCGGUGCCAGCUGCCGCCUACAUCGUCCUGGUUACUGUCCUGCGCUACCAUCUCUUCAUAUGGAGCGUCUUUUCUCCCAAAUUACUGUACGAGGCCAUGCACCUUCUGCUCACCGCCGCCGUCUGUCUCGUCUUCAACGCCAUGGAGCAAAGCUCUCGCACGUCGUAGAGCGCCAAGAAGGUCCAAGGGUAUUUAUGACAUAACCUUCUUGCAACACCUCCUUGUAUUUAUAUUUAUACACAAUAUGUGGAAGGGUGCAUCAGAAAGGUGUACAUUUUCUGGAAUAAAAGCUAUGUAAAUAUUGUUUUGAAGAUACCAUGAAAUACCUCAGGGACUCCGAGGCUAAGCUACGCAAAUGUUUUACUCUCUGGCCUACGAUCCACUUUUAUAUUUGAGUUGAAGCAGCAGUUAUUAAAAUGAUCUACUGGACUAAGAAUAUACUGUACAUUGACAUUAGACACGCCCACAUUGUGCAAUCAUUAAUCCACAUUCACAACCAUUGGCUAACUGUAAUUCAUUAAUUGCAUUGCUUUUAACAUGUGACUCAAUAUUCAUGAAUGUACUAUUCAUUGCAUCAUUCUAUAUCAGGCCAGGGCUAUUCUACUAAAUUGUUUCCAAAAAGCUAACGACUGGGGAGUCAGAUUUUCUACCUUUAUUAUUACUUUUAUGUUGUAUAUUCCUGAGAACCAGUGUCCUCUACAGUGGACAUUUGAUUGUUGUCUAUUUUGUCAGUUUUAUUUACUUUGGGGGAAAAUGUACUUGUCUAUGCAACUAUUGGAAAGAAAUUUGUUUUUUUGCAACCAUUAAACAAAUAUUUGUGACUAAAAAUAAUGAAUUUGUAGAAAAUUUUUUGGUUACAAAUAAUUUUUGGGGAUGCAAAUAUUUUUUGGGUUACAAAUCCUUUUGUGAGUUUAGACUCAAGCAUAAUCCUGUGGGUGGGGGCUCUUCUGAACAAUAUGUUGGAAGCCUAUUUAUUGGUCAGUAUUGUCCACCCUUAAUUUUUGGUAUUUUACUUCCAAAUGUGUUGCGGGCAGAAGAAGUCAGCACUCACGCCUAUGUGGUCGCGCCAUCUUCCGAAAUUGACCAAUAAAAAGGCUUCUAACAUACUAUUCAGACGGGGCCCCGCCCACAAAAUUGAAGUUAAGUCAUAACCCCAAAAAAAGCACUAUUUUUGUUUGCAAAUAAUUUGUUUGGUUGCAAAUCUAUUUGUACUUGAUUGCAUAAAAGAGCACUCUGCUGUUUUAAGGACCUACUACCAAAAAAGCGGGUCAAAGAUCCUCUAUAUCAGUGGUCCCCAACCUUUUUGUAACUGCGUACUGGCGUACGCUUGAAAAUUUGUCCCACGGACCGGGGAGGGGGUUUAUGGUAUUUUAUUUAAUUUAAUUUUUUUUGUCAUAAAAAAAUAAAAUCAUGCGUGCUUACGGACUGUAUUCCUGCAGACUGGAUUGAUCUUUAUUGAUAUAUAAUGUAGGAACCAGAAAUAUUAAUAACAGAAAAAAACAGCUCUUUUGUGCGAAUGAGUGUAAAUGAGUCAGAGAAUGGGGGAGGGAGGUUUUUUGGGUCGGUGCACUAAAUGUAAAUGUAUCUUGUGUUUUUUAUGUUGAUUUAAUAAAAAAAAAAAAUAUAUAUAUAUAUAUUUUAUUUUUUUUAAUUUCUUGUGCGGUCCGGUACCAAUCGAUCCACGGACCGGUACCGGGCCACGGCCCGGUGGUUGGGGACCAGUGCUCUAUAUAACAGUGCUGUAGUGUUUUUGAAUCUCCUGCAAAAACUGAACUCACAAACCGUUCUGAUGUCAGAUCUGGCCCCCGGGCCGCUAGUUGAAUAGCCCUGUUGUACAUCAUCGGCAUCUUUUAGAGCAGCAAUUUUUAAAGGGUGUGGCGACCAGGACUCAAAAGGAGUUGCAGCAGCUAAAUGAAAAAUGAGGAAAAAACUUAUUUUUCACUUUUGUCAUGUUUGAAGGCAAAAUGAGUGACCUCCUGUGGCGAGAAGUUAAACAGAUAACAUUAUUAAUAAAUGAUAAAAUAAUUUCCACUCACUCGUUUUGUCACAUUCUGGCGAGCAGGCAUUAACAUUAAUUGAUCUAAUUGCUCAUUUCCUCUUAGCUGGUUACUCUCUGCUGUUGUGUAGAAGUUGAAUUCUUGUGUUGUUUGACUACUUCACACUCAAGUUAGCUUAGCGGUUAAUGUUAGAUUCAAGAUUCAAGAUUGUUUAUUGUCAUAUGCACAGUUAAACAGACUGUUUGCCUUACAAUGAAAAUUUUACUUUGCUAGUCCACCCUUCAACAAGUCACACUUUACUUAGCUAAAAUAAAAAUGAAAAUGUAUAUACAAGGCACAGUAAGUAACAUUACAUUAUUGCACAUUCUGAUUGACAGUCAACAGUAUAAAUAUGGAGGUGACCUUGGGUCACAGCAGCAGUUAAAGUGUCUUUAGUGAUCAAAGGUGAAAAGUGUCUACAGUGAUGGUUCACAUUUCCUGCAAAAACAGAGGUGUCCCGAUACAACUUUUUCACUUCUGAGACGAUACCCAAAUUGGAGCCCUGCAUAUUGGCCGAUAUUGUUCCGAUCUGCUAUCCGUAAGAAUGAUACACACUUGUAAUAUUUAGUAGUGUGUAAAAAUGGUGGGGCGCGGUAGUAGUUACGAGCACACAUCAUAAGAAAACGUCAACUUGGUUCUUUUUCGUGAACUUUUUUCUUUUAAUGAUGUCUCCUAAGCGUGAAGUGAACUCUUCUGACGGCAGCGCGUCAAAGGAAAGGAACGACAUCUGUGUGGCAGUGAAAUGAUUUAGAUGUGGUACAAACCCCGUUUCCAUAUGAGUUGGGAAAUUGUGUUAGA